AUGGAUCCAUCAUUACUUAGACACGAUGGUGUGACAAAGACAUAUUUGGUAGAAGAUGAAAUUCGUGUUGAGGAGUUCACUAAACAUGUUACAUACUAUGUGGACUUUAAUGUGAAAGAAUGCGAUGCUAAGUGUUCGUGUGGGUUAUUUCAGAUGAGGGGGAUACUAUGCAGACAUAUCUUGGCCAUAUUCAAGUCUAAUGGGAUAAAAUCAUUGCCAAAUAAAUACAUUUUAGAUCGAUGGAGGAAGGACAUCAAACGGAGAUACACGUUAAUCCACAGUAGUUAUGACACUGGUAGUCAACGGGAAGAUACUAACAGAUAUUCUAGUCUAUUGAAUAUCUGUUAUCAGAUGAUUACCCUUGCAGCAGGUUCGAAAGAUCAUACUGAGGAUGCUACUAAAAAGUUAUAUUCCAUGAUUGAGUUAUAUCAUCACGAGCAUCCAGCCCCUCCAAUGACUCAAACGGGUUCUGAUUUUGGUUGCACACCAAAUGCCACAGUUGGUAGUUCUCAGCAAGUACUCAGUCCAAGAGUUGUGCGAGGAAAAGGCAGACCCCCAAGUCUGAGAAGAGCAUCUAGGAUGGAGCAUGCUUUACGAAAAGUAAAAGCGAGGACGAAUAAAACAACUGUAGAGGGAAAACGUAAAGAGAUAGAUUUUGUAACUUUAUUCGAAAUACUUGAUAACCAGCGAGAUGGAGGAUAUAGGCCAGCCCAGGACACGCAUAGGAAUUUAUUUGGACCAUCUGAGAUAGAUAUCUAG